AUGAGAAGAAGAGAAGAAGAGAAGAAGAGAAGAAGAGAAGAAGAGAAGAAGAGAAGAAGACAAUGUGGAGAAGAAGAUAUUGAUGGAGAGGAAUGUCUGAAAUUGAAGAACACCAAAUGGAAACUUCGAAAAUGUUCACAUUCAGGAAUCAAAAUUUUCGAAAUGAAAUGGAUCAUUUCAUCCUAUCCAGAUCUUUCAAUUCCCGGAUUUUCGAAAAAGAAGCAGAAUGAAAGUUGUUGUCUCAAAUUUCCUCCAUUGUCAAAAAUCAAUGAGGAAUAUCAAAAUUUGGAAAUUUCGCUUAAAAUGAACCCACGUCAAAUCGGGCCGAUCAGUGGAAUUUCAGCCACAUCAGUUAUUCUAUUUGGCAGCCAUCUGGAUUCAUUGGGCCCCAACUUUGUUCUUUGGUCCCAACUUUAUUCAUUAGCGCAAUUGUGUGCCAUGUCUGCUAUUACUUUACCCUUUUCGUCCAACUAUUUUGGUAUUCCCUCAUUGACAUCAGGUGGGACAUUGCGCAUCUGCUAA